UGUGUGUGUAUUUAAUUAUUUUUAUAUGUGGCAUACACAAAAUCCCCUGAAAGUUGUUUGCCUUUGGGCAAUGAUUUUGCUGUCAGUUUUCGGGUUUGGUUUUUCGAUGUUUGAGCUGAGCUUUUCAUAUUUUGAUUUUUGCUCGUUUCGAUUGUUACUCGUUAAUUAAUUUGUUACGGUGAGAUGAGUCUGCUCAACUAUAAUUCGUAUGAGGAGUAUCUGGAUAGCUUCCUCAAUAUCAACGAUAUUGCUUAUCUGCGCAACUGGGACAUCAGCAGACAAUUCAUUCAGAAUGCCUGUGGCAAGAGCUGCAUGGGUCGCCUGCUGUCCCGUUCCGAGUUCGAGGUUGAGCGUGUGAAGCUGGAGGUCAGGAUGAACCCACGUCGCGUCUGCGACUCAACGCUCUUCGGCAACAACUACACGGGUGACGAUCCAGUGCUUCGGCAGUUUGCUGCACGCGAACUGAAGCUGCUCAAAAAACAGAUUUCGACCAUUGUCUUUCUGAUAAUGCGCUCGAAGAAGGGUCUGAAUAUCUCUGGCUAUAUUGACCUGGAGCAGAGUAUGCGCGAAUCGCGCUUCAAGGACAGCGAGCAUUAUGUCAACUGGCCGGCCAUAUUCGAGGGCAAGGCCAAGCUGAUGCCACGGCCGAAUAACUUGAGCUACUUCGACUGGCACUUGAACAAGAUGUACUGCACGGACAGUGACAACUAUAGCGUCGUCACGAGCGGGGCGCACAGUCUGCUGAUGAAGCAUCGAGGCGAUCAUAAGAUCAUCUGCGUGAAUGCGGAAUGCUUUUGCAGCUUUCAUAGGAAUGCCGAACGCAAUGUCUACAGCUCGGAUAUCUAUGGCGAUUGCCUGUUCUUCGACCACAUCGUGCGGCGCAUCAAUUAGUCGCGGCUUAAUAACAGACAGCGAGCGAGAACUAUGAGUGACAAGCAGAUUAUAUGCCAUAUGCCCACACAAAUAUAUAUAAAGUAUAUG